GGGAGACCGGUUAUAGUGAAUGCAGGGUCCGGGGAGAGCGGAUAUAGUGAAUGCAGGGUCCGGGGAGAGCAGAUAUAGUGAAUGCAGGGUCCGGGGAGAAGCGGAUAUUGUGAAUGCAGGGUCCGGGAGACCAGAUAUAGUGAAUGCAGGGUCCGGGGAGAGCGGAUAUAGUGAAUGCAGGGUCCGGGGAGAGCAGAUAUAGUGAAUGCGGGGUCCGGGGAGACGGGAUAUAGUGAAUGCAGGGUCCGGGGAGAGCAGAUAUAGUGAAUGCGGGGUCCGGGGAGACCAGUUAUAGUGAAUGCAGGGUCCGGGGAGAGCAGACCGAAUACAGUGAAUGCAGGGUCUGGAGAGACCAGAUACAGUGAAUGCAGGGUUCGGGGAGACCAGAUAUAGUGAAUGCAGGGUCCCGGGACACCGGAUAUAAUAAACGCAGGGUCCUGGGAGA